UUCUAUCCGUCCUCAACUCCUCUCUUCUGUGUUUGUCCCGGCAUCGUCGCAUCACUUCUUCCGCUGACAAGAUAACUGGACCUGCCUCAUCUGUGACCAGAUUAGAUAGGCAAUCCAAAGGCGGGGACCUGUAACGUUUUGGCAACUAUCGCUCGAACACAAUCUGAACUUCAACAAUCAUGUCUGCUACCAACCAACCUCCUCGUGGCCGAUUGGCGGGCAAGAAUGCUGUCAUCACCGGCGCGGCAGGUGGCAUCGGUCUUGAAACCACGAUUCUCUUUCUCCGUGAGGGUGCAUCGGUGCUCAUGUCCGACAUCUCGGAGCCCGCUCUAGCGAAGGCCCUCGCCAAGGUCAAGGAAUUGGUACCGAGUCCCGCCGGCAAGGUAGAGACGUUCAAAUGCGACGUCAGCAAGGAGGAUCAGGUUCAGGCCAUGGUUGAGCAGGUCGAUUCAUGGGGUGGCCUGGACGUGAUGUUCAACAAUGCCGGCAUCAUGCACGCCGAUGACGCAGAUGCCAUCGAUACUCCCGAGAAGAUCUGGGAUCUUACCCACAACAUUAACGUCAAGGGCGUCUGGUAUGGUAGCAAGCACGCCGUUCUUGCUCUACGACGUCACAAGAAGACCCGUGGCUCCAUCAUCAACACUGCUUCCAUGGUUGCGCUCGUGGGCGCUGCGACGCCUCAAUUGGCGUACACGGCAAGCAAGGGUGCGGUAUUGGCUAUGACCAGAGAAUUGGCCAUUGUACACGCUCGGGAAGGCUACCGCUUCAACUCGCUCUGCCCUGCUCCCCUCAACACUCCUCUCCUUCAAGAUUGGCUAGGUGACGACAAAGCCAAGCGUCAACGCCGUGAGAUUCAUUUCCCAUCAGGUCGCUUCGGCGAAGCAAUCGAGCAGGCUCACGCGGUCGUAUUCUUGGCAAGCGACGAGAGCUCAUUCGUCAUCGGCACAGAUUUCACAGUCGAUGGCGGCCUCACGCGUGCCUAUGUCACAGCUGAGGGCCCGUCCCAGCCUCCGCCAAAGAACAACGCAUCCUAGUGGUCACGUAUCCUAGCGGCCCCUCUUCUUCCUGGCUCUUAUAUAACAGAAGAAAAUUUCAAGCCGGAAUGAUUCACAAUCGAUGUCGCGACAAAUAGAAAUCAGUCGAAAUGUAGGUUAGCCAAGUUCUAAAGUAGAUCUCUUAUUCUCUAGAAAUUGAGGCCGAAAUAGAAGCAUGGCAAUCCAGAUUCCGCUCACGAACUUCUUAUAUGAGUUCGAUUAAGAAAUCUGGUAAUAGAUCGGAUAUUGAAUUUUAAUUCACUCCUUUUCGA